GAUUUGUUCACUGUUGUUGCCCUUAGCUUCAUCAUCUUCCCCUGGUCCCGUAGCCAUGAUUCUCCGGCACUUCAUACCCCAGUCAUUACCUUUCAACCUGUUGUCCUUACUUUUGUUAUUAUCUUACACGGUUCUUGUAACGGCAGAAGACUUUGAUUGCCAUGUGACGACUGGAGGGUUGAAAUGGGACCUUACGCCGCUGGAGGGCUCGCACACGCUGUUCAGAACACGAGACUCGCCGCCCACGACUAUGGAAGAUGAACUCAUAUUCAAUUUGUGUAACGACUUGAAACCAAUAAAUGGUGUGCCGGACGACGAACAGUGCCAGCCUGGGACAAGGGCAUGUUUGAGGAAGACGAACAAGAAGCCCGAGAGUGCAGACCGGGUGAUUGCUGUCAUACCUGUCGCGUCGACGUCAACCCUUGAGCCAGAAUAUUCACAGCUUGAUUCACCGAAAGGACUCUCCUUGACAUUUCAUGGAUUUCCAUACCCCAACUCUGGAGACUCCCAGUCUAUCGAAUUCUCUCUCUUCUGCGCCGACGAUGCAGACCCUAAAGCAGAUCCCAAAUUUGUCUCAUAUGAGAACGGAAAAGUACGUGUCGAUUGGAAUACACCCUCAGCGUGUGGUUUUUCGGAUGACCAGCCUCCGCCACAAUCCCCACCACAAGAGGAUGACGACACGCCUGCGGAUAGAGGUGGUGGAGAGAGCGGCGAGAAACCAGCGAAGAGGGGCAGUGGACUUGGAUUCUUCUUCCUUGUCCUCCUUCUAGCAUUUUCAGCGUACUUCAUGCUAGGUGCAUACUACAACUAUUCCACAUAUGGUGCCCGCGGCGUGGAUCUUAUACCACAUCGAGAUUUCUGGCGCGAAGUGCCAUACAUGUUGCAAGACGUUGUAUCUCAUUUAUGUUCAACGGUUCGACCACAGCGAUCGACUCGUGGAGGGUACAUUGCCGUAUGAUGACCACGUUCUGUUCCUGGGACCAUGUUUCUAUUCAAGCGUUUCAGAUAUAAAGCUGGUAUAUGCAUAUUGACUUAAUUACCCUAACGCCUUUACACCGUUAAACUACGCUGGGAACAGAAUGGAGGUACGAGGUGAAUGAAGAUGUAACUUUCUUUGAAAUCGAUCCAGAUGAAAAUUACAAAGUUCAGUUAAUUAGCAAUGCUGCUGUGAACAGGCACAACCAAUCCGUCGUGUCACCCCUCAGCGGUUUUCAAUCAAACCUCCGCUGUAACGCCACUGA